AUGUCUUUUCGGUUUUCCGGGGGAUCCAGGCUCUGUUCUCGAGCUGGGUCUGUCAAGCUGUCCAGGGGAGGGGCAGGCUUCGCGGCUGGGAAUGUGAGUGUCGGGCCUGGAGCAGAAAGCAGCUUUUCCUGCACCCUUGGGGGCAUCUCCUCCGGAGGAAGCUUUGGCAGCGGCAAUGAGGGCUUGGGUAGGGGAACUAGCAUGGGUUUCCUUAGCAACGAGCCUGGGCUCCUCUCUGGAAAUGAGAAGGUGACCAUGCAGAACCUCAACGAGCGCCUGGCAUUGUACCUGAACCACGUGGGCGCUCUGGAGGAGGCCAACACGGACCUGGAGAAGAAGAUCGAGGGCUGGUAUGAGAGGUGCGGGCCUGGCAGUGGCCGUGGACUUGACCAUGAUUACAGCAGGUAUUUCUCAGUCAUCGAGGACUUGAAACAACAGAUCGUUUCUGUGACCGCCUGCAAUGCCAACCUUAUUCUUCAAAACGACAAUGCCAGGCUCACAGCGGAUGACUUCAGGAUGAAGUACGAAAAUGAGCUUGCCCUGCGCCAGAGUGCUGAGGCCGACACCAAUGGUCUUCGCAGAGUGUUGGAAGAGCUCACACUCGCCACAACCGACCUGGAAAUACAACGCGAGGCUCUGAGCGAGGAGCUGACAUACCUCCAGAAGAACCAUGAGGAGGAAAUGGAAGUCCUGCAAAAUGCAUCAGGGGGGAAUAUCAAUGUGGAGGUGAACGCGGCCCCCGGGGUGGACCUGACCGCCAUGCUGAACAACAUGAGGGCCGAAUAUGAAGAUCUGGCGGAGCAGAACCGAAAAGAUGCAGAGGCCUGCUUUCAAGAGAAGAGCGCAUCUCUGCAGCAACAGAUUUCAGACGAUGCGGGAGCAGCCACGGUGGCCAGGAACGAGCUGGUCGAACUGAAACGCAGCCUGCAGACUCUGGAGAUAGAGCUUCAAUCCCUCACGGCCAUGAAACAGUCCUACGAGAGUUCGCUGGCCGAGACAGAAGGGAAUUACUACGCUCAGCUGCAGCACAUCCAGGAGCAGAUCGUGGCUCGGGAGGAGCAGCUGCAGCAGAUCCGCUUGGACACAGAGGGCCAGAAGCUGGAGCACGAGCGGCUGCUCGGCAUCAAGACACGUCUGGAGAAGGAGAUUGACACAUACUGCGCCCUGCUGGACAGAGAGGAGCAAAGAGGUGAAUCCACAUCUUACAACCCAAAAGACGGCAAGCCGGUAAAUGAAGCCAAUGACCCAACGGAAGAAACGCUUGUCCGAACGAUGGUUGAGGAGCUAGACCAGCUUGGCAGCCUCCUCUCCCUGCGAGUGCACUCGGUAGAGGAGAAAUCCUCAAAGAUCAGUAAUAUCACCAUGGAGCAGCGGGUGCCUUUCAAAGCCCCAUGA